AUGACAACCACGGUAUCCACGUUAAAAUUGUUCAUCGUGACGGGAGAGUCGCCACGCCAGCUAUUCUCCCGCAGACCGGACCGUCGAACAUUUCCCGGCAAGUCGGCCCUUCGAAUGCCGUCGACUUCGACUUGGACUGCCGACGGAGAAAAUGACGCGUUGUUUAUGAACGUAUGUCAAGCCAUCGACGAUACGGAAGGAUACGAUAACGAAGGUGAGAUUUAUAUUAUUAUGGCCCGUCACAUAGCGAAGGAAUUAGUUUUAAUUUAGGGGUUUGUUUUUUUUUUUUUUCAUUAUUAUUAUUGGUAGGUAGGAAACGUACACGCGAAGAAAAAACCGCUGCCGGAGUAAAAAAAAAAAAAGCAAGGAUAGAGGAGUUAGUGAAAACACCCGGCUUCACCGAAAUCGGUUCGUCUUUCGAUAGGAUAGUGUAG